CCACCAGUAGCUGCUAUACUAGCUGAGCAGCCAAUGCUUUGAUGAAGUGUCGCUUUUGCCGAACAAUUCGUCGAGUGCUAGCUGUCAUUGGCUGUGGUAGUGCACUAUCAUGGACCUUUGCCGUGCCCAACAAACGGCCUGGUCUUUUGGCAGAGGAGAGUCGAAGACUCUUGGAGCUUCCACAGGACUUUUUCGGGAAAGGCUAUGACGUGGUGAAUCUUGUCGCCAAGGGAGCACACCAAGAGGUGAAACUAAAGUUCAUGCUGGACACAGGCCUCACCACGUCUUUGCUUCUUCCAAAGCGAGCAGAAGAGCUCGGUCUGAGGCCACAAGGCGCUUCUGAUUCCAAGGUGGUGUUGGAGGAUGUGUGGCUUUCUGACAUCCAAAUUGGCCCAUUGAGGCCGUUGGUGAUGGACUUUUAUCAGAGCAGGCUGGAUGACAGCAGUUAUAUAGAUGGAAUGCUUGGCAUGGAGCCCAGAAUCAAAUUGGUCUGCAGAUUCAGAUGUUCCUACUCCAAGGUCUUGUUUGGACAACGGAGAUAAAAAC